UCAGGGCAUGGGCAUGCAGAUGCGACAGGCGACUGCUGGAAUACGGACUAAUGUUUAAUGUCACUACUAAUUCAUGAAAUGAAUGGCUCACCUAACUCCGUCAACUUGCAUUAACGCCGUUACGUUACUUCCCCAGAAGUCAGUUCCCACUCAAUUCCCACUCUUUACUCCACUCACUUCACUUCCCUCUUCAAGCUCCACUCCUUCCUCAUCCAUUUCUUCUUCUACAUUUUAAACUUUAGUUGAAUCUCUGAGCAAAUAUUUGGAGAUUCAUGGAAUUUUCAACCAAAUACCUUGUAGUUGUAAUUUUAGUGUUUUUGAGCCCCGUUAUGGGGACUUCAAUCGGCGUAAACUACGGGCAGAUAGCCGAUAACCUUCCUCCGCCGGAGAAAGUGGUCCCGUUAGUGAAGUCCAUGGGCGCAACUAGACUGAAGCUGUACGACGCAGAUCCACGUGUACUCAAAGCCUUUGCAAACACUAACGUCGAGUUCAUUGUUAGCAUCGGCAAUGAGUACCUCGCCGAUAUGAAGGAUCCUGCCAAAGCUCAGGCUUGGGUCAAAACCAACGUCCAAGCCUAUUUACCGGCGACCAAAAUCAGUUGCAUCGCCGUCGGAAAUGAAGUCCUCACGUUUAACGACACUUCGCUCUCCAACAAUCUCCUCCCGGCGAUGGAAAGCGUUUACGCUGCGCUUGUCAGUCUUCACCUUGACAAACAAGUAAGCGUUAGCACCGCACAUUCCCUUGCAAUUCUAGAAACUUCCUAUCCGCCGUCCGCCGGAGCUUUUCGCCGGGAUUUGGUGGACUGUGUUACUCAGGUGUUGAACUUCCAUUGUAAAACAGGCUCGCCUUUUCAGAUUAAUGCUUAUCCUUAUUUUGCCUACAAGGCAAAUCCGAAGCAAGUGCCGCUCGAUUACGUGCUCUUUCAGCCUAAUUCGGGGAAUGUCGAUCCUGUGACGAAUCUCCACUACGAUAACAUGCUUUACGCUCAGAUCGAUGCAGUACACUCUGCUUUAGCGUCAAUUGGCUACAAAAACGUGUGCGUCCAGAUCUCAGAGACAGGUUGGCCGUCGAAGGGAGACGGUGACGAGGUCGGAGCAACGCCGGAUAAUGCGAGGAAAUAUAACUGCAAUCUCAUCAAACUCGUGAGUCAAAAGAAGGGAACUCCGUUGAGACCUAACACCAAUUUGAAUAUAUACGUAUUUGCCUUGUUUAACGAGAACUUGAAGCCCGGUCCGAUGUCGGAGCGCAAUUACGGGCUUUUCAAGCCCGACGGAUCACCGUCUUAUCCCUUAGGAUUCGCCGGAAUAAACGCCGUCGGCACUAAUAGCAGCAGCUCGAGUAGUCCUGCAGCUGGCACCGAUUCUUCAACAUCGACGUCGUCGUCAACACCGGCCUGGAGUUCCCCGGAUGGCUAUCUAUCCAUUACUUCUGAUUCGGGAAGAAUCCAAUUUUCCUCGAAAUCCUUGGUUGUGCGACUUCACCUAGUGGGUUUAUUUUCACUGUUUUUUUUUCCAACUUUAACUCCAUGGAAUUGCAUGAACCGUCAUUUGCUAUGAGGUCCGAUCCGCCAUUGUAAAAGCCAAUUGGCCCUUGGCAAGCUAGCACGCUAUUGGAUUCUUUGAUUACUGUCUUAUUCUUUUCUUUUUCUCUCCGCAACUAAUAAUCGGCGGCUGCUUUGCUUUGCUGAUUCGAUUCGAUCCGCCGGAAAUUUGACAGCUACUCCUCCACUUUAUAGCUGUUCGAUGUGACCUUUUUUUCCUUGUCAGAAUAAUUAUAUUCGACUGUUGUAUUCUAAACUUAAUUUAUUCUAGUUUUAGACUGCCAUUGAUCAAUUUAUUCAAUUGGUAAUUUGGUAACAGUAGUUUGUAUAUUCUAUCGGUACAAUAAUUUGUACUCCUAUGUCUUAUCAAAGCUUCGUGAACUCUUUCUUAA